UUUUAAAAAUAAAGAAUGGAUUUAUCCAUUACCAGUGGAUGAAGAGGAAUGUGAUCGAUCACAACUUCAACAUUUUUUAUUUCAUCAUAUUUGGGAAGAAAAUUUCAGUUCACCCGUUAAACAAAUUUUAGAGAAUGGUGGUAAAGUAUUAGAUGUAAGUUGUGGACCAGGAGCUUGGUUAAUGGAGAUGGCAACAGUAUAUGGACAAACACAAUUCGUUGGAGUUGAUUUGAUACCAACAUUUCCCACCGAAAUAAAACCUCAAAAUUUAAAAUUUAAACAAUUUGAUGUUCUUAAUGGAUUACCUUUUAAUGAUAAUGAAUUUGAUUUAGUUUGUAUACAAAAUUCUUCUUUAUGUUUUACUGAAACCCAAUGGAAAGAGAUUGUGAUACCUGAAAUGGUACGAGUAACUAAACCAAAUGGAUGGGUAGAAUUAAUGGAUGUUGAAUUUAAUAUUCAAAAUUUACCAAAAAAUUUUGAACCAUUAUAUGAUGGAUUUGUUAAAUAUUGUAAAUUACAUGAUAUAAAUCUAGAAAUAAUUCCUCGUUUAGGUAAACUUUUACAAACUCAUUCAUCGGGUAAAAUGACAGAUUUUAAUGAGGAUAUUCGUAAAUUGUUAUAUUACGAAAAUAUUGAUACAGAUUCAAAAAUAAAUAUGACAAGAAAACUUUCUAAAGAAAAUAUAUCAUCAUUUUAUCAUACUAUUUCACCAAUCAUAUUACCUAUAUUAGAAAUCACAAAAGAGGAAUAUGAUGAAAUAAUUGAUACUAUUAAUAUUAAUUUUGAAAAAAAUAAAUGUUUUAAUAAUAUGCAUAGAUUUUACGCUAGGAAAAAGUUAGCAGAAGAAUGAAAAAAUAAAAUGUAUUAUAGUUUACAUAAUUUUACAUAGACAUUUUUUUUUUAAAAAAAAAAUAAAAAAAAAAAAAGUUUUUUUU